GCAAGAGGGAGGAAAGAAUCGUCCUUUGGAAUCGUUUUCAGCGGAACAAAUUCCCAGCCCUGGCUCCCUACGCGCUAAGGAAGCGUUUGCAAUCCAGAGGGAGCAGGCACGGAGCGCAGAGGCAGAAUCAAGCUAGUCGGGGGACAGCAGAGCCGCGCUAUUGGCUACCGUAGUCCAUAAGCAACUUUCCCAACUAUGUCAGUCGCACGCACAGCGAGGGGAAUGUAACUUCCCAGAGAGAGAAACCAGCCAACAGCAGCCUGGGGGCGCGGGUUGCAGAGACCCCUCGCCCAGGGCACACGGAAAGGCUUCUCGGGAAACGCGCAGACCCCCUCGCUGCAUUUACUAAAAGAAUUCUCCACUUUACCAGUAUUUGCAGGAUUUGGGCCAUACAGAUUUUGAAAUAUGUUCAGCUGUGUCGCAGAAGACAGAACAAUGCACAGCAGAGGAGGGACAACAAGAUACCCGUUCCACCCAGAAAUGGAGAGUUCUGUUUUCAAUGGACAUGCUCCAGCUAUGUGCUAAGCCAGAGCCUGGAGGAAAAAAAAGGCCUCUAUGCAGACUUCUCUGUCUAGAACACUGCAGGGUGGGGUGCCCCCCAACACGAUUAAGCAAGGCAUCCUGUCAAAACUAGCUGAGCUCUUUAAAAGCUCAUUUCCUUUUUCACCAUGUAAGAAAAAAGAUGAUCUACUCUACAGAUUGGAUGUUGGGUUUCGACUGGACUCUCUCUAUACCAUCCUGCAACAGGAAGUUCUGCUACAUGAGGAUGUGGAACUGAUUGAGCUACUUGACCCCAGUAUCCUGUCUGCAGGGCAGUCCAAGCAACAAAAAAAUGGACACCUUCCAACGCUACGCUCCCUAGCAACGCCUAAUAUUUGGGAUGUGUCUCUGCUGCUUGCCUUUGUCAGUGCAUUGAUUAUACUUCCUUCAUGGUGGAAUGGAUCAUUCUGGCUGGUGUGGGGACUAGUUCUGUUUGUCUAUGUGAUCAUAAGAGCUCUAGGCACAUGGAGGAUAGCCAAGCUGCAAAUGUCCCUGAGAAAAUACAGACUCCAGCUGGAAGAGACAGUGGCAAAUAGCCGCGCUUUUACUAAUCUUGUGAGAAAAGCUCUGCGACUCAUUCAAGAGACUGAAGUCAUUUCCAGAGGAUUUACCCUUUUGCUUGACAGGGUCAGUGCCGCUUGCCCAUUUAAUAAAGCUGGACAGCAUCCUAGUCAGCAUCUCAUCGGUCUUCGGAAAGCUGUUUACCGAUCUGUCAGAGCCAACUUUCGAGCUUCAAGACUAGCUACUCUGUACAUGCUGAAAAACUACCCUCUGAAUGCGGAGAGUGACAACGUGACCAACUACAUCUGCGUAGUUCCUUUUAAGGAACUGGGUCUGGGUCUGAGUGAAGAGCAGGUGUCCGAAGAGGAGGCACACAAUCUCACAGAUGGCUUCAGCCUGCCUGCACUCAAGGUUCUGUUUCAGCUGUGGGUAGGACAGAGUUCAGAGUUCUUCAGACGAUUAGCACUGCUGCUCUCUCCAGUUAAUGCAUCCCCCAAGCCCUUGAUCACUCCAGAACGUUUGCCUCAUUGUAUUUUGUCUGAUGUGACUCAAAGUCUACCUCACACUCACGCUGCCUGCUUAGAAGAGCUUAAGCGAAGCUAUGAGUUUUAUCGGUACUUUGAAACUCAGCAUCAGUUAGGCUUGGAACGUGCAACCAAAACAAAACCGAAGUCAAGAGCUCUGAACAGCCUUCACACAGCAGUGCGCAGCUUGCAGCUCCAUCUCAAGGCCCUACUGAAUGAGGUAAUAAUUCUUGAGGAUGAACUUGAAAAACUUGUUAGCUCUAAGGAGACACAAGAACUAACUUUAGAAGCCUAUCAAGUCCUAGAGCAGAAACUAAAGCUGAUUCAGCCUCACAUCCAGGCAAGCAACAGCUGCUGGGAAGAGGCCAUUUCUCAGGUGGAAAAAAUGGUUCGAAGAAACCCGGAUAAAAAAGGCAAACCUGAAUCAUCUUGUGAUAAUACACUCUGCCCCAUGAUACCAUUACUACAGCCUGCCCUGCAUAUAGAGGACAAAGACCCAAUCCCCGAAGAGCAGGAAUUGGAAGCAUAUGUUGAAGAUACAGAUACAGACAAUGAGUACAAAAGGGAGGACUUUUAUUGCUUUUCCCAGGAAGAGAGAGAGAGACAAAAACGUGAGAGAGAGGAAUCCAAGAGAGUGUUACAAGAACUGAAAUCUGUGCUGGGAUUUAGAGCUUCAGAGGUAGAGAGACAGAAAUGGAAGCAGCUGUUAUUUAGUGAUCAUGCUGCAGUGAAGCCCUUGUCUCCUGUAGAAGCAGUGGAACCCAUACAUAAUUUGGAAUCCCCUCUGAAUUCAGAAGCAGGAAAGCAGGACUGUAACCAAACUAGUGAUGAUUCUGAAGAGAGAGACUCUAGCCCAAAAGCCCAUGUCACUGUGAGUGGGAAAAGCAGUACUGAAUAUUUAUAUGAUGAUCCUACAAAGGAUGAAAACAAAGACAUUGCUGCUGAUGCAGGUGGAUCUCCAAUGGCUGUAAAAAGAACAUGUUACCAAUGUGAGGGUGAAGGAGAUAAAGUGGAGCCAAUUGGUGUGGAUGGAAUGGAGGUUUUACAGCCCCCUUUGAGGGACGCAUUACAGUCCUCCAUCAAGCAAAGGCUGGCUCAGCUCCAUAUAUCAACGGAUUUCAACUUCACAUCAGGUCUGGCUGCACAGGUUGCCGCCAGAUCACUUACUUUUACUACCAUGCAAGAACAGACUUUUGGAGAUGAUGAGGAGGAGGAGAAGACAGAGGAGAAUGAAAACCAUGUGGAAGAGAACAAGAAUGAAGACAGGCUUUAAAAGUGAAGGAGGAUUCUAAGUCCUACCUGACCUUUGUUAAACAUUGUGUUGCCUACUUGAAUUCCAUAAAAGGCAAGUGAUAUGAUUGAAAUAGCUCAGGCACGGAUUCAGAGAUGAAAAUGCUGGAUGGAAAAAUUGAGACCUAAAUGUAAUGCUUACUGUUCCCUAUAUAUGAAGCUCUCAAUAGGGCUUUCCCAGUAUAUUGAUGAUUAUAUGCAGGUAAGCUAAGGAGAUAAAGGCUGGAACCCAGGAGUAGUCAUUUGUCUCCUUCUGAUGACACCACUGGUGGGUUUUGGAACUUACCUUAAUAUUUUAUGUUUAUUUAUUUAUAUUAUAUAAUUUUUUUCUAAAAAGAAGACAAAAGGAUGUCUUGUAUUUCAGCAUAUUUUGUCAUUUCCUGAUAUUGUUGUCAUAGUAGCAGUGUUAAUUAUAACACUAGUCAGAGUGAUUCUUUUUGAAAAAUAUCUGUCAUGUGGUCUUCCACACCUCCUUUGCUUUGCCUUUAGUGUCUGCUAUAUAUUUGUUAACAACCUUAGGUAGUUGUAACUUCAUUGGUUAAAGACCCUCCCAAACGAAAAUGCAGAAUUUUAAAUAAAAAUGUGAAAGUUGGUGUGUCCUGGAGUAUUUGGGCUAAAGUAGUAUGAAGUUAGUCGCUCUUCAUAUUAAGGUUCCAUUUAUAAAUAGUUUAUAAAGGACUAAUAAGUAAUUAAUAAAUGUUAUAAGCAAGUUAUAGACAUGAGUAGUGUGUGUUAUGGAUGGUUAUAAGCACAUCAGUAGGUGUUAUAGAUGGCUAGAAAGUAGCCUGUUGGACUUUAUAACAAUAUAUACCAAUUCUUUUACCAUUUAUUAAAACACCUAUUAAUGAUUUGUUGGCCCUAUGUAAGUGGAAUCUUAAUAUAAGUGUGACUUAGGUUAUUUACACAGGGUUACAAAGUACAGUAUUAUGUACAUUUGUUCUCUUGUAGAGCUGUGGUUAGGUUGUGGAAUAAAUUUUUAAGCUAA